UAUUACCAUCCUAACCUCCGAAUCUCUCUCUCUCUCGCAUCCAUAUAAAUCAAUGCACUAGCCUCAACGCAUCGCAUUUUCAUUUUCAUUUCAUUUCCCUCCCUCCGCCGAUCCACACGCCAAACCCUAAAUCUCUCUUUCUUCGCCGGAGCCAUGAGAGAGAUCUUGCACGUCCAGGGAGGCCAAUGCGGCAACCAAAUCGGCUCCAAGUUCUGGGAGGUAAUCUGCGACGAGCACGGCAUCGAUCCCACCGGAAAGUACAACGAACAGGGCAACUCCGAUAUCCAGCUCGAGAGGAUCAAUGUCUAUUACAACGAGGCUUCUGGCGGAAGGUACGUUCCCCGAGCCGUUCUCAUGGAUCUCGAGCCUGGCACCAUGGACAGCAUCAGAUCUGGCCCCUACGGCAAGAUCUUCCGCCCUGACAACUUCGUCUUCGGCCAGUCCGGCGCCGGUAACAAUUGGGCCAAAGGUCACUACACCGAAGGCGCCGAAUUGAUCGACUCCGUCCUCGAUGUCGUUCGCAAAGAGGCUGAAAACUGCGAUUGCUUGCAAGGUUUUCAAGUUUGUCAUUCUCUUGGAGGAGGUACUGGUUCUGGCAUGGGAACACUAUUGAUAUCUAAAAUUAGGGAGGAAUACCCAGACAGAAUGAUGCUCACUUUCUCUGUUUUCCCAUCUCCAAAGGUUUCUGAUACAGUUGUGGAACCAUACAAUGCCACUUUAUCUGUACACCAACUGGUUGAAAAUGCAGAUGAGUGCAUGGUUCUUGACAAUGAAGCACUUUAUGACAUUUGCUUCAGGACAUUGAAACUCAGCACCCCAAGCUUUGGUGAUCUGAACCAUUUAAUUUCUGCAACCAUGAGUGGUGUUACCUGUUGUUUGAGGUUUCCUGGACAAUUGAACUCUGAUCUUAGGAAGCUGGCUGUCAAUCUGAUCCCAUUUCCCCGUCUCCACUUCUUUAUGGUUGGAUUUGCACCACUCACUUCCCGUGGGUCUCAGCAGUAUGUGUCCCUUACUGUCCCAGAACUGACCCAGCAAAUGUGGGACGCUAAAAAUAUGAUGUGUGCUGCUGAUCCCAGACAUGGCCGAUACUUGACUGCAUCUGCUAUGUUCAGGGGAAAGAUGAGCACAAAAGAGGUGGAUGAACAAAUGAUUAAUGUGCAGAACAAGAAUUCGUCUUAUUUUGUUGAAUGGAUUCCCAACAAUGUGAAGUCCAGUGUCUGUGAUAUUCCUCCCAAGAAUUUGAAGAUGUCAUCCACUUUUAUUGGGAACUCCACAUCAAUUCAAGAGAUGUUUAGGAGGGUGAGUGAGCAGUUCACUGCUAUGUACAGGCGCAAGGCCUUCUUGCACUGGUACACUGGAGAAGGAAUGGACGAGAUGGAGUUCACUGAAGCAGAGAGUAACAUGAAUGAUUUGGUAGCUGAGUACCAGCAGUACCAGGAUGCAACUGCAGAGGAGGAGGAUGAAUAUGAUGAUGAAGUUGAUGAGCAGUACGAAGAGCAGUAGGUGGAUCGAACUUAGGCAAAUGUCCUGAUGAUGAAAACUACCGGCACUGAUCUACGUUUGCUGCUAUUCAUGUAUCUACAGCCAUAUGAACUUUCUCUUUUAUGCUCAAUUCUCUGUUUUUUACAUUUUGCCAAUUUCGUUUUCAAAUGCAUUGCUUUUGAAUUGUUUGGAAUGUGCCCGGUGAGACAAUAGUUGAUUAUUCUAUAGUCCAAUUCCUAUUAUUCUAUA